AUGACCUACAAACUCUACAACUAUGACCCAUCACCUAGCGCGGCUAUCGCAUUUGCAGUCAUAUUUGGCCUUUCAGUAGCGUUUCAAAUCUGGCAGGUAAUUCGAAAAAGAAGCUGGUUCUUCAUCCCCUUCGUCAUUGGAGGACUUUUCGAGACAAUCGGCUAUGCAGCAAGAUACUACAGCGCUAAACAGUCACCCGACUGGACGACCAUGCCCUACGUAAUUCAAGAACUAUUCCUUCUCCUAGCACCCUCCUUCUUCGCAGCAUCCAUCUACAUGAUUCUCGGUCGAAUCAUUCGCCUAUUGAAUGGCGAGUCGAAUUCAAUUAUCCGACCAACGUGGCUCACAAAGAUCUUCGUCACGGGCGAUGUCUUGUCCUUUCUCAUGCAGAGCAGCGGAGGUGGCAUGCUCGCGACCGCCAAAACAACAUCUAGUGUGAACCUAGGCGAGAAUAUCAUCGUCGGAGGUCUCUUCGUCCAGGUCGUCUCAUUUGGAAUUUUUAUCAUCGUCUCUAUUAUUUUCCAUCGUCGGAUGCUGGCUACUCCGAUGCAUGCUUUGGUUAAGUCGCGGAUUCCCUGGACGCGUUAUAUGAAGGUUCUAUAUGUUGCGAGUGCACUUAUAAUGAUUCGAUCGAUUUAUCGUGUGGCUGAGUAUAUUCAAGGGAAUACCGGCUACCUGCAGAGAACAGAGGCAUUUGUAUAUGUUUUUGACGCGACUUUGAUGGUGAUUUGUUGUUUGAUUUUCAACGUCUUCCAUCCAAGCGAUAUUUUGUCCAAGACGCGUGAUAUUGAAGGGGGGGAGGAUUUGGAGAUGAUGAAUCAAAGUGGAUAUAGGACUGUUGGGCUGUGA